UCCUCUCCUGCCGUGUACGCUUCGGUCCGAAAAAAUCCUCUUUUUUUGCGUCGCUUGCGAGGAGUUUGGACUGGAAGAUACGUCUCGAAUGUUCCUUCUUCUUCUUCUUCUUCUUCUUCUUCUUCUUGUGCGUUAGGGUCUGGAUUUGGUGCUUCUGGUGUGGUCCGAUAGGUUGGUUCCGGUGCUGCUGCGGAAUCGGGACGAUGGAGCCUCCGAAGGGGUUCUGGGCGACUCUUUGGUGUUUCCUUUGCUUCCUGCCCUUGUUCCUGGGGUUGUUGAUUCUGGGCAUCGUGAAAGGUACUCUGCUCUGCCCAUUUGUUUGCCUUAUCGUGACAUUAGGAAAUUCUGCAAUCAUAUUGGGUCUCUGGCCAGCACAUGCAGUUUGGACAUAUUACUGCAUAGCAAGAACCAAACAGCUUGGGCCUGUUCUGAAGCUUAUUCUUGCUGUUGGUGUAUCUAUCAUCUUAGUUUUGUGGCCACUAGCUGGUAUAUUUGGAAGCAUCCUCAUAGGAGCAGGCUAUGGUUUUUUAGCUCCCAUCAUGGCUACUUUUGAUGCUGUUGGAGGAGGAAAGGCAAACAAUCUCAUACACUGCUUCUUGGAUGGAACUUGGAGCACAAUCAAAGGAAGUUUUACAGUGGUCAGAGACUUCAAAGAUGUUUGCUUUCAUUCCUAUUUCUCGAUUAUGGAUGAUCUACGCCUCCAUGAUCCUCCAAACAGAGAGCCCUAUGAGAUUAGAUUGCGUGAUAUUCCCGGUGCCUGUAUGAUUGGUCUGCUUGGAAUUAUGGUUGACAUGCCAAUUAUCACAUUAAUUGCUAUUUGCAAGAGCCCGUGUAUGCUUUUUAAAGGAUGGAAUCGUUUAUUUCAUGAUCUUAUAGGCCGAGAGGGCCCAUUUUUGGAGACUGCAUGUGUGCCGUUUGCAGGUCUCGCCAUUCUUCUCUGGCCAUUAGCAGUCACAUCGGCGGUUGCUGCUUCCAUAAUAUCUUCUUUCUUUUUAGGUGCAUAUGCAGCUGUUAUCACAUACCAGGAGACAUCAGUCAAGAUGGGGAUAGCCUACAUCAUCUCUUCCUUGUCUAUGUUUGAUGAAUAUAGUAACGAUGAACUUGGCAUGCGACAAGGGUCAUGCUUUCCCAGGCAUCGGUAUCGAAAGAAUGAAUCACUGCAUGCUAGCUCUUUCACCAGGCCUGCCUCUUUUCAACGAGGAAGUCAAGAUGGAAAGAACCCUCCUUCACAUGCUACCUCAUUCAAGAAUGGCAUUCUUGAAUUGAAACCAUUGAAGUUAUUAGAUCACCUAUUCUCGGAGUGUAAGCACCAUGGUGAGACAUUGGUUGCUCAGGGUGUCAUACAAUAUGAAGACAUCAAAGAGUCUCAGUCCAGUAAGGGUGGCAGAAGCAGGAUCAUAAACAUUGGUUUGCCGGCAUACUCCAUACUUCAGGCACUCCUAUUUUCUGCAAAGGCCAACUCUGAUGGUUUAGUCUUAAGUGACAACACUGAGAUCACGACAGAAAACCGACCCAAGGAUAAAAUCUUUGGUUGGUUCUUUGAUCCUUUGAUGAUCCUGAAAGAGCAGAUUAAAGCCCAAGAUUUCUCAGAAGAGGAAGAGCAGUAUUUGUCCAAAUUGGUGCUGCUACUUGGUGAUUCCAGGAGGAUCAAUAACCUUGACAAUCAAUCACCACCUCUGGAUCAACGAAAACGAGCUGAGAUAAAUGCGUUUGCUCGCAGGUUGCAAGGCAUCACCAAAUCACUCUCGAGGUACCCAACGGCCAGACGACGUUUUGAUGAUCUCGUACAAUCUCUCUCGGAUGAUCUUGAGAUGAAGUUAGGGAGCACUCAAUCUGCCAAUAAAGCUCAAAUGCAAUAUGUAAGAAGUGGCAUUGUCAGAAUUUUCAGCCAGAGGUCAUUUAAGAUGAGUAAAAUCACAAAGAAUAGUCGCAGAAGCACAAUUGGUUAAUAAUGUUCUCUAGUUAUAUAAUUAAUAUUUUUGAAGUAUUUAUAUGUUUAGCCAAUGUCAUUUGAUUGUUGCAACAAUUUAAAAUAUACCUGUAUUGUCACAAACACAUUGUCACAAGGCACACCAGUGCCUUCAUAUUUGCUUUAAAAUGUGUAAUAGCCAUCAUCUUGGCUUUCCUAAUAUUUAAGCUGAAGCUGGAAUGUGA